CAACACGGGGUUUAAGUUUCUCUCAGCGACCACAGAUCACCUGACGGACACACUUUGACGAGUCGAACUGAAUUGGAGAGGGGACAGACACAUGCAGGAAGGAGACUUUAUACCUCGUAGAAUUUUGGAAAAUAUUGCGGUCGGAGGGAACGUAUGCCUGAUGAUGGUGCAUAAGGUCAAUGCAGAUGAAGUGUCAUUACUGCACACCAUCAUCUGCGGAAGGGAAUCCCCAGCCAGAAGGCCGCCCGACUGCAAUGCAUACCAGGGCAACCAUAGUGGCGAACGUCAUGGGGCUGAUGAGAGUGGAUCAUGAUACAAUGUAGAUCAAUGAGUCCAGAGGACGGGAUCGUAA